CCACACCCAACAGAGAAAACUAUUGUGUCAAAGGGACAGCACCAAAAGGCAAAAGGAAGUGAAGCAGUAUUGAUUGAUCAACUCCUUGACAGAAGACCAUGGCAAAGAAGGUGGCAGUGAUUGGAGCUGGGGUCAGUGGCCUGGUCUCUCUGAAGUGCUGUGUGGAUGAGGGACUGGAGCCCACUUGCUUUGAGCAAACUGAAGAUAUUGGAGGGCUGUGGAGGUUCAAGGAAAAUGUUGAAGAUGGCCAAGCAAGUAUCUAUCAAUCUGUCAUCACCAACACCAGCAAAGAAAUGUCUUGUUUCAGUGACUUUCCAAUGCCUGAAGACUUUCCAAACUUCCUGCACAAUUCUAAGCUCCUGGAAUAUUUCAGAAUUUUUGCCAGAAAGUUUGAUCUUCUAAAAUAUAUUCAGUUCCAGACAACUGUCCUCAGUGUGAAAAAACACACGGAUUUCUCAUCUUCUGGCCAAUGGGAGGUUGUUACUGAGAGCAACAGCAAGAAGCAAAGUGCUGUCUUUGACGCAGUUAUGGUUUGCAGCGGCCAUCACAUCCUCCCUCACAUCCCACUGGAGUCAUUUCCAGGUAUUGAGAGGUUCAAAGGCCAAUAUUUCCAUAGCCGCCAAUACAAGCACCCAGAGGGACUUGAAGGGAAACAUAUCCUGGUGAUUGGACUAGGAAACUCGGCCUCAGAUAUUGCCGUUGAGCUGAGUAAGAAGGCGGCUCAGGUAUUUAUCAGCACCAGACAUGGUUCCUGGGUCAUGGGCCGUAUCUCUGAAGAUGGAUAUCCCUGGGACAUAGUGUUCCAAACCCGGUUUAGGUCCAUGCUCCGAAAUGUCCUGCCACAAAUAGUUCAAAAAUGGAUGAUUGAACGGCAGAUGAAUCAGUGCUUCAACCAUGAAAAUUAUGGCCUUGAGCCUCAAAACAAAUAUCUUAUGAAAGAACCUGUGGUAAAUGAUAAUCUUCCAAGUUGUAUACUCUACGGAGCCAUCAAGGUGAAACCGAGAGUGAAAGAGCUCAUAGAAACUUCUGCCAUAUUUGAAGAUGGAACAGUGGAGGAGAAUAUUGAUGUUAUUGUCUUUGCAACAGGAUAUACUUUCUCUUUUCCAUUCCUUGAAGAUUCACUUGUUAAAGUAGAGGAUAAGAUGGUCUCACUGUAUAAAUACAUGUUCCCUCCUCACCUGGAGAAGUCAACUCUGGCGUGCAUUGGUCUCAUCCAGCCCCUAGGUUCCAUUUUCCCAACUGCCGAACUUCAAGCUCGUUGGGCAACCAGGGUUUUCAAAGGCUUGUGUACCUUGCCCUCAGAGAGGACUAUGAUGGCAGACAUUAUCAAGAGGAAUGAAGAAAGAAUAGAUUUGUUUGGAAAGAGCCAGAGCCAGACACUGCAGACCAAUUACAUCGAAUACUUGGACGAGCUCGCCUUAGAGAUAGGUGCGAAGCCAGACAUCCUGUCUCUCUUGCUGAAAAACCCCAAACUGGCUGUGAAGCUCUAUUUCGGACCCUGCAACUCCUACCAGUACCGCCUCACUGGGCCCGGGCAGUGGAAGGGAGCCAAGAGGGCCAUCCUCACCCAGAAACAACGGAUACUGAAGCCUUUAAAGACACGGACACUAAAAGCUUCAUCUGAUUUCCCAGUUUCCUUUCUGUUGAAAAUCGUGGGGCUUCUUGCUAUUGUUGUGGCCCUUUUUUUUCGGCUUCAGUGGUUCUAAUUGGUCAGCAUAAAGCUUUUGAUUUUAGUGUCAGUCAGUUCCUCUUUAAAAAAAAAAGGCAAAGAAAAAUAUGAAAUCUAGCUUCUAUAUUUCAGAGUUAAGAGGAACAGAAAGAGGUGGUUGUAGAGAAUUAGCAGAAUUAGGUCCAUGUCAAAACACUAAAAUGGUGUCAUGAAAUUUCUUUGCCACUCCACCCUUCCCUCAAGUUCAUCAGACUCUCCAAAAGGACAAUUAAAUAGCACUGACUAAAUAGUGCUGCCAGGCCCCAUAUAAGAGGGUUGUGUGGAAAAAAUAGAAAUACAUAGAAUGAAAAGCAAGCCCCAUGGUUUAAAACAUUAGAAAAUUUCAAUGGUGGGUAAAUAUUUAAACUCUUGCAUGAUGUUCUUGAUAAUCUUCCCUACCUGGGCUGUAUUUGGUAACAAAGUUCUCAGGUGUUAGGUCAUGAUCCAUUUGCUUAUCAGGGAAUCACUCAAAAAUCCUGGAUGAAAAUAUGAGAGGCUAGACUCAGAAAGCAAUGGUGAUGAUAAGACAGACUCCUUGGGCCUCAUGGUGAAAGCAAAGCCAAUAGGCACAUUUGUUAUGUUUUGACAGAAACACUGCUGUAAAAAUAAAAAUAAACCUGCAGUAACAGCUAUAUACACAUUCAGUACUUUCCAUAGACCAGACAUUAUGCUCAGUGCAUUGUAUGUAUUAACUUCAUUUAAAUCUCACAAUAAUUCUGUGAGAUGGAUGAGGCUAUUCUACCCAUUUUAUAGAUGAUGAAACUGAGACUCAGAGCAGUUGGGUAACAUGUCCAAGACCAUACAGCUGGUCUUGCCAGGCAGCCAGGAUUGGAACCCAGUUUUGCUUGAUUCUGGAACUGUGGAUCAUAACCUUUCCCCAGAAUAUACUUAUUUACAAAACAGCUAUUGCAGAUAAAGUAAUUAAUUAUUAACAGUUUAUUUUAUUUAU